ACGUUGUAAACAACGGAAAUACUCCUCCGCGUGACUGGGCCAACCCUUGGCAUAAAAACAAAAAUAUUUACAACGGAAAGACGUGUGCGUCAUCUUCGACGACAACAGUUUUUCAGACUUGACUUCGAUCCUGAUAGAAAAGGAGCGUUUCUCAUAACGUGCGUCAAUUGUAAAGUGGACGGGGACUGGGAAGAAAAAUAGUGCUGCGUAGGAACCUCUGCAAAGCUGUGUUCAGGCCGUACCAUAACAAACCGUUCGGUAUUGCGAAAGGGUUCAGCUGUGGAAAAUUUCUGUCUUGUUGUCCCCGAAAAAUCGCAGAAACAUGUCCUAGCCGGGUGGUUCUGGAUCUCUGGUGAACUCCAAACAUGUGUUGGAUGUCGUCCUGUGGGGAACUUCUCCAAGUAAGCGAGAAUCGCGAGCUGGGAUUUUGGCGGAACGCAGCAGUAGCAGGCCGGGACUCGUCCGAAGGGAGGCCAUUGUCAUUUGGUUUGUGUAGGUUCGGAUCGGAACACUAAGCAGACACGAAUUCUGUCUGAUACAGCCAUGGCAGAAUCUGUAGGCGAGUUCGAAUACUACAAGAAGGAUCUGAUCGGCCAUGGAGCCUUUGCAAUCGUCUUCAAAGGGCGCCGGAAAAAGCGACCGGAGUCCCCUGUGGCAAUUAAGUGCAUCAGCAAGAAAAAUUUAAGCAAGAGCCACGCACUGCUGGGGAAAGAGAUAAAGAUCCUGAAGGAGCUGCAGCAUGAACAUAUCGUCUCUCUGCUUGACUGUGUGGAAACCCAUACAAAUGUCUACCUGGUCAUGGAGUACUGCAAUGGUGGAGACUUGGCAGACUAUUUGCAGGCAAAAGGCACUCUUAGUGAAGAUACCAUCAGGCUAUUCUUCAAACAGAUAGCCUCUGCUAUGAAGGCUCUCCAUGCCAAAGGUAUCAUCCAUCGUGACCUCAAGCCUCAGAACCUGCUUCUGUCUCACACCAGACCCAACCCUGCACCUCAAGACAUCAGGAUCAAGAUUGCUGAUUUUGGGUUUGCCAGAUACCUACAGAGUAACAUGAUGGCAGCAACGCUGUGUGGCUCGCCCAUGUACAUGGCCCCAGAGGUGAUCACGUCCCAGCACUACGAUGCCAAGGCAGACCUGUGGAGUAUCGGCACCAUCAUGUUCCAGUGUCUCACAGGCAAGGCUCCCUUCCAGGCCUCCAGUCCACAGGGACUCAAACACUUCUACGAGAGAAACAAAGUCCUCAUUCCAAACUUACCUGCUUGCACUUCCUCUGCCCUUCGAGAUCUUCUCACCAAACUGUUGAAAAGGAACCACAAAGAGAGAAUGGACUACGAGGAAUUCUUCAUCCAUCCCUUUAUCUGUGGCAGUCCUACCAAGCCCACGUCACCUGUACCGGUCCCCCUGCGUCACACCUCCUCCUCCAGCUCACCCAGCAGCAAGUCCUCCGCCUCGCCUGCCCCCCUCCCCUUGGGCAGCUCCCCUCUGACUGCCGCAGCCAACCUCAGACCGCGGGAGACCCCUGACCUGCUGAGCUCGCCCCAGGAGCCGCCCAGCUUCCUGGACGUGUCACGAGACACACAGAGCAGCAAGUCCUCGUCUGACCAGGAGGACUUCGUCAUGGUGCCCACCAACCUGCCCUCGGACAUAUCAGCUGAAGGUCACUUGUCACGACCAAGAGGACUGGAGAGUGCCUACAGUGCGUCUCCUCCCCGUGUGUCUGCCACGCCCCCCAGCAGAGCUCAGGCUCCCGUCGCCAUGAGAACAGACUCCAGACCAUCCAGCUUGCCCGUUCACAACCCUGUCCACCCCCCUACCGGCAGUAUGGCAGAGCCCGUUCCUGUACCUUCACAACUGGAGGCGUACCAUGUGAUCCAGCAGCGUAGGGGAUCCCUGUCUCCCAACACCCCUCCCUCCCCCGCCAGAAGAGGAUGUGGUACGAGCCCAGGUGUUCAUUACUCCAGUCCAAAGUUAGCAGCACCUGCUGUGCACAGGGACAAGGGAAACAGAGUUCUUCCAUACCAACCACGGUCCCUCUCACCUCAAAACCCUGAGAACCCAGCCCUCCCUACGGCAGGAAUGAGACGGUCCAACAGCUCGCCCGCCUACCCCCAGCACUACCUGCAGAACACCCCACCCCAGGGGAGGUUCACCCCACCCUACUCGGGAACCCCACCCCUGGGGGCCAUGGGGACGUCGCCUCGCAGACAGUCAUAUAUGAGCACAACACCCCCACAGCUUGGUACAGCCCUUCUCAACAUGAACCCCACCACCCUCCCUACCAUAGUGGGCUCUCCCACAUCCAAGUUCCCUCUCACGACGGCGGACAGCCCAGCGGCAGCAGCCAUGGUGGUUCAGACGACCCCGGUACAGUCCAUGAGAGACGGCGCGGUCUUGUCACAGCUGCAGGGCUCCCGUGUGCGGGCAAUCACGCCGUCGAGCAUCGCAGAGUGGAGCAAAUCUCCGCUGUUCAAGGCACAAGGAAGCCGGACAGGUAUGGGCAGAAGACAGCUGUCGUUUGGGAAUGCCUCUAGUUUGCUGCGGGCAGCGUUUGGGAGUCCCAGCGGCAGUACGGGCGGGGCCUCAUCAUCCGGCAGCAUGGAGGUGUCCAUACCAAUGAGGAGCCAAGGUGCUACAGGUGUGUCCCCUCCCACCUCCAUGUCCCCGCCCAGUGGGGGUGCCAUGAUGCAGUUCAGGAGGCCGUCCACCCCCGGGGCCAUCAUGGCAUCUUCCCCUGACAUGGAGGGGCCCAUCUCGUUUGUGGCACCUGAACUCCCAGAGGAAACUCUACUAGAGCCUGCCCAUAACGAGACCCUCCAGCGGAUCCACUUUGCCCUGAUCCUGGGAGAGUGCAUCAUGGAGGUGGCACAGUCCAAAGGUGCUCCCGGCGCCUCGCUAACCGAGUCACUGCAGGUCAAACAGAACGAGGACUUCCAGUCGGACCAGAUCUGCUUCGUCAGCGAAGGAGUCCGGCGAGCAGAGCAGAUUGUUCUGUACAUGCGCGCCACCCAGCUGUUCUCUUCAGCACUGCAGCAUGCCAGGGAGGAGGUCAGGGCCAGUCAACUCAAACCUUCUAAAGCUGUGAAGGAGAGAGUGGCCAAGCUUAAUGACAGGUACAAGGAGUGUAUUCGUGCAUGUAAGACCCUCCACGAGCAGGGCGAUGUGAAGAUGGCGGAGAUCAGCGCCAGCAUGGCCAACAUGACAGCCGACAAGCUGCUGUACAACCACGCGGUGGAGUGCUGUCAGGGUGCCGCGCUGGACGAGCUGUUCGGCAACCCGGGGGAGUGUGCCAGCCGCUACCGCACGGCGCUCAUCCUCCUGCAUGGGCUGGCACUCACUAUAGAGGACGAGGAGGACAGGGGCAUGUUGCUGAAAUAUUCUGAUGCAGUGGACAAGAGGUUGACAUGCCUAGAGAAGGUCCACCAACCAGUACUUGUGUUUGAUUAGGAACCUAUCACUGGUAUGGCCAGACAUGUUACAGGUCUUCUGAUUGGUUAGUGUUGAUGACAACAUCAUUAAUCAAAACUACCUUGCCACUUGAGUAUGUUUCAUGUUCUCGUUUAAAAGUUGAGAAUGAAGACAACUGUUGUUACUCAGAUAUGUGGUAGAAUGGUAGGUUACUUUAAUUCCAAACAUAGUGUUGUUAUAGUAAUGUAUUUAUUGGGCAUUCAUGUUAUGAGGGGUCAAUAUAGGGGAUGGGCAGUCUCACUAUUAGUGUAGUGUUGAUUUUUCCAGUGAGAAACUCAGUCAAACUCCCAACUGUGAGGCGUUGACGACAUAACAGUGUGUGACACAGAUAUGGGGAUAUCUGCUUUCUCUUUGUUCCAAAUGAAGAUAUUGUGAUGCAAGCCUAUACUUUUAUCAUUCUAUAAUAUAGUAGUUAAUCGUUGACAUUUGUAAUUAUGAUGGUUCUUUAACUAUGGUUGAUUGCUGCAUUGUGAAGGAAACAGUGUGACAGAAGAGAAAAAGUUGACAAAUGUGAUUUUGUGCAAGUGUGACAGAGUUUUACAGAAGUGUGCCUGUUUUCAUUAAGAAAUGUCUGAUGGUCAGUGUAGAAUUUUAUGUGCUUACAUCUCAGAGUAUGCAAGUAUUUUAAAAAUCGAGUUUUGAAGUAUAAUGUCGAUGUACCUUUAGUUCACGAGGUAAUACGUUAGACAACCAUUGUGUUUGGUUUGCUAUGAUUAACAAAGACUUAAGGUAGAGAUCAGUGUGAUUUGUAUAUUGCAAGUUAUGACAGGACUUGAUGUAAAUACCAAAUGUAUAUAUACUGCCUGUAUUUAUAAACUGUACAAUCAUUUGAAGUAAAUUAUUCUGGUGUUUUAAAAAUUGAA